UUGACACCUGUCACUAUCCUUCUUCUUUCUCUUCCCGUGAAAAUAUCUCAGCCCCCAUUUUUACUAUUCAAUCAAACACAUUCAUCUCCACUCACUCAAAGAAGCUAAAAUCAGCUUUGAGAUUUCAUCAAUACGUCAGUAUUUGUAAGCAUAUACGUGCAAGAAUGACGGAUAUAACAGAUGAUAUAGCUGAGGAAAUUUCGUUUCAGGGGUUUGAAGAUGACUGUCGAUUACUGGGGAGCCUUCUUAAUGAUGCGUUUCAGAGAGAAGUUGGGACCCAAUUCAUGGAGAAAGUUGAAAGGACCAGAGUCCUCGCUCAGAGUGCAUGCAACAUGAGGGCGGCAGGAAUUGAAGACACAGCAGAGCUGCUUGAGAAACAACUGGCUGCAGAGUUAUCAAAAAUGACAUUAGAGGAAGCCUUGUCACUUGCUCGAGCAUUCAGCCAUUAUCUAAAUUUGACAGGAAUUGCAGAAACUCAUCACAGUGUAAGUAAGGCCAAGAGUCUGGCAAACUUGUCAAAAUCUUGUGACGAUACUUUCAAUAAGCUCGUGCAAUCUGGCGUUUCUCCUGAUGAGCUUUAUGAUGCUGUUUGCAAGCAGGAGGUUGAAAUUGUCCUCACAGCACAUCCGACACAAAUAAACCGACGUACCUUACAAUACAAACAUAUUAGGAUUGCGCACCUUUUGGAAUAUAAUGAUCGUCCUGAUCUUGGGCAUGAAGACCGCGAGAUGCUGAUAGAAGAUCUGGUGAGGGAGAUAACUGCAAUAUGGCAAACGGAUGAGCUUAGGCGCCACAAGCCUACUCCAGUUGAUGAAGCUAGGGCUGGCUUAAAUAUCGUGGAGCAAUCACUUUGGCGAGCUGUACCGCAUUAUUUACGCCGUGUCAGCAAUGCUCUAAAGAAGUAUACUGGAAGACCACUUCCCUUGACCUGCACACCUAUAAAAUUUGGGUCUUGGAUGGGGGGCGAUCGAGAUGGAAAUCCAAAUGUGACAGCAAAGGUCACAAGAGAUGUAUCUCUUUUGUCCAGGUGGAUGUGUAUUGACCUGUACAUACGUGAAAUUGAUAACCUCAGAUUUGAACUUUCCAUGAAUCAAUGCAAUGAUCAUUUAUCUAGACUGGCACAUGAGAUUCUGGAAAAAGAAAUGUCAUCAGAGAAUCAACACUCAACUUGGAAUCAAUUGAAGCACCAUUCCCAUCAUGCUCCACCCUUUCCAUCACAGCUACCGGCUGGAGCUGAUUUGCCCUCUUGCACAGAAUGCAACAAUGUGGAAUCUCGCUAUCCUCCACUAGACGUUCUUGGGUCAGAGCUCAUGCCACUGAAUUGUCAGCAGGAUUGCCAGGCUUCUUCCAUUGUGGAAGGAUCAACUUCUAGCAUUGGUACAAUUUCAAUUAGAACAACUGGAAAUGGAAAUGGUAGUAACUUGGAUAAUGCUCAGUCUGCUGUGACACCAAAAGCUGCUUCAUUCAGUUCCAGUCAACUUUUAGCUCAGAGGAAACUAUUUUCUGAAUCUCAAAUAGGUCAUACCAAUUUCCAAAGGCUUCUGGAACCAAGCUCUUCUCAGAAACCUGGAAUAGUUCCUUACAGAGUUGUUCUUGGGUUUGUGAAAGAAAUGCUCUUGAAGACACGGAAGCGGCUGGAACUUCUUCUUGAGGAUCUUCCUUGUGAAUAUGAUCCUUGGGAAUAUUUUGAAACCUCAGAUCAACUUCUUGAACCACUGCUGCUGUGCUAUGACUCACUGCAAUCUUGUGGGUCUGGAAUCCUUGCUGAUGGUCGGUUAGGAGAUCUAAUAAGGCGUGUUACUACUUUUGGGAUGGUGUUAAUGAAGCUUGAUCUUCGUCAGGAAUCUGUCAGACAUUCAGAAACACUUGAUGCAAUUACCAGGUAUCUAGAUAUGGGUACCUACAGUGAGUGGGAUGAAGAUAAAAAACUUGAAUUUCUGACAAGAGAGCUGAAAGGGAAGAGGCCUCUAGUCCCCUCAACUAUAGAGGUUUGCCCUGACGUGAAAGAAGUAUUAGACACGUUCAAAGUAGCGGCAGAGUUGGGAAGCGAUUCACUUGGAGCAUAUGUGAUUUCUAUGGCCUCCAAUGCUAGUGAUGUGCUUGCUGUCGAGCUCUUGCAGAAGGAUGCUCAUCUUGCUGUUGCUGGAGAACUUGGCAAAGCAUGUCCUGGUGGAAUGCUACGAGUAGUUCCUCUGUUUGAAACUGUGAAGGACUUAAGAGAAGCUGGAUCAGUGAUCAGAAAACUACUAUCAACUGAUUGGUACCGCGACCAUAUCAUCAAGAACCAUAAUGGGCAGCAGGAGGUGAUGGUUGGAUAUUCUGACUCAGGAAAAGAUGCUGGCCGCUUUACUGCUGCAUGGGAACUUUACAAAGCUCAAGAAGAUGUUGUAGCUGCAUGCAAUGAAUACGGUAUAAAGGUUACUCUGUUCCAUGGGCGCGGAGGGAGUAUUGGACGUGGUGGUGGUCCCACAUACCUUGCUAUUCAAUCCCAACCACCUGGUUCUGUUAUGGGUACUUUGCGUUCAACCGAGCAAGGAGAAAUGGUGCAGGCCAAGUUUGGACUACCACAAAUUGCUGUUCGGCAGCUAGAGAUCUACACAACGGCCGUCCUUCUGGCUACCUUACAGCCUCCACAGCACCCAAGGGAAGAAAAAUGGCGUAGUCUGAUGGAGGAGAUUUCAAAUGUCAGCUGCAAUAAUUACCGUAGCACAGUUUACGAAAAUCCAGAAUUUUAUGCAUACUUUCAUGAGGCUACACCUCAGGCCGAGCUUGCCUUUCUUAACAUUGGAAGUCGUCCUACGAGAAGAAAGAGUUCAGCUGGAAUUGGACAUCUAAGGGCAAUUCCUUGGAUAUUUGCGUGGACCCAAACUAGAUUUGUUCUACCCGCUUGGCUUGGAGUAGGAGCAGGCUUGAAGGGUGUUUGUGAAAAAGGGUACACUGAAGAUUUACACGAAAUGUACAAAGAGUGGCCGUUCUUUCAGUCGACUGUGGAUCUCAUAGAAAUGGUUUUGGGGAAAGCAGACAUUCACGUGGCCAAGCAUUACGAUGAAGUUCUUGUGUCGGAGAACCGACAAAAGCUUGGUGCGGAGCUAAGGACAGAGCUUAAAACAGCAGAAAAGUUUGUAUUGUUAGUUACAGGACACGAAAAACUAUCAGAUAACAAUCGGAGUCUUCGCAGAUUGAUCGAGAGCAGGCUGCCUUAUCUGAAUCCAAUGAACAUGUUGCAGGUGGAGAUAUUGAAGAGAUUAAGACAUGAUAAUGAAAAUAACAAACUUCGAGAUGCUCUUCUUAUAACGAUAAAUGGCAUUGCGGCUGGGAUGAGGAACACCGGUUGAACGUCAAUGAACACGGUUAGGUGGAUUUGUAGAUAUCCGAUGCGCAUUUAUUAUGUUAUUGCUGAAAGUAAUACAGUUUGAUUAUUAGUUUGGAUACCAUAUGCAUAUGCUGUAGGAUAAAAGCCAUGGCGAAUCGUAGUAGACUGAAGUGUUGUUUCUGCAAUGAUGAACCACUUUUGCCAUUUUGGUUA